AUGCCGCUGCAGCUGCCCAACGGCUUCACGGCUAUCAAAGAUGCCACCGAGGCGAAGUCCACGGUCAGUCUAAUCGGCGUGCUGGUCAGUCUUGAUCUUCCCAAAACAACGCGAAGACAGGACAUGGCCCUAAACUUCACUAUUCAAGAUGACUUCACGUCUGGUGAGGUUGGAGGUGAAUCAAGCAUCACCUGCCGAUUGUUCAGACCAACCGAAGACAAGUUUCCCAAGACCGUUGGCGAUGUCGUCAUACUCCGAAGGUGGCAGCUGCAAGAGUACCAGUUUCGCAUGGACGCCAUUGGUUCUAGGACCUGCCACAUCGUCGUCUUCCCAAGCCACAGGAUUCCCGUUCCGGGGCUGAGCGAGGCGUUUCAGGCCGGCAGUCAAAAGCUGCCUCACGAAAGGACUGGGGGCCCUCCCCCGACGAUUCCAGAGCAGAUGGCUGUCAUACAUCUAAAGCAUGCAUCCAAGGGCGCAGCACCACAAGUGAAGCAGCAUGCGGCCAUUAGUGCUUCCAAAGCCAAGACAGCAAGGAAGAAGUCUUUAAUCAAGGAUCUGCAACUUGAUACCUUCUACGAUGUUUGUGCACAGGUUGUCGACUUCUACUAUACUCAGUUAGGUGACCGAGUCGACUUGAAAGUGACCGACUAUACUCCGAAUGAACAAAUGCUCUACUACCCAGAUCCAGACUCGGAAAAAGAUUUCCCGGUCAGAGAAAGGCGCUGGAGUAGUCCAUUUGGUCACAUGGUCCUCAACAUCACCGUGUAUGGAGCAAAUGCGGCUUGGAUACAGGAAAACCUUGGCCAGGGUGACUUCGUCUUUGUAAGAAACAUGCGAGCCAAGCUGGCUACCAAUGGCAAGUUGGAGGGUGCUCUACAUGAGGACAAAAUGAACGAUUCAAAAGUCGAUAUUAUGCUCCUGAAGAGCGAGGGCGAGAUCGAAGCAAUUAACAAACGGCGGGAAGAGUACGAAAAGGAACGCGAGACCAAAACAGCUUUUCAGGCGUUGCAGAAUGAACCGAAGCAGCCUUCUGCCAAAUCUGCAAAAGAGAAAAGAGAGGCCAAGAAACUGAAGGCGCGAGCAGACAAGGACGCCGAACUAGAAGAGCUCCAGCGAACAGAACGAGAAUGGGAAAAGGGUCGUGGUGGUAUUAACACAAACGUCGAUGUUUAUCCUCCUGAAAUCAAGCUCUUCGCGCAUAGUACAAGAGACAGGAAGUGGAACAAGCAUCCCAAGCGCCAGAGCUCGAAUGGUGCCCAUGCGAACGAGAAGUGGGAAUGGGGAUUCGUUCUCCUACUCGAAGAUGCCAACGUCCCUCGCGAUACAGUGGCUGAGAAACUGCGCGUGGUCGUCAACAAUGAAGCUGCGCAGUUUCUGCUAAAGAUGAACGCUGUUGAUCUCACGAAUCAGCCCAAGGUUCUCAAGAAACUCGAGGAGAAGCUCUUCAUCUUGUGGGGUAACCUGAUGGAGCUCAAGACCGAGCUGCGAGAUCGAGGAAACGAUCUGCCGCUACCGCCGGGAGACAACCGCCUACAGAACAAGCCCUUUGACGCUUGCAUUGAAGAGUAUGGCUGCGAGGUACCCCCGACAAAAGACCAGCAUCAAUUUGGCUAUCAACGCAUGUAUAGGCUCGCGCAGACGGCGAUUGUGGAAUAA